GCGUCUAGGGUUUUGGCCGCCUCCACCGGUCUUCUGGCCCACUGUGCAGUAAGGUCAUAUGACCUUACUGUGCAGCGGCAGAAACGCAACGCCAAGAGAGUCAAAGAUUGCUGAUUGACAUCAUCUUCUAAAAAGUGGAGUGGGGGCAAGACGAUAAGGUUCCCGGCCUGCCUUUAGAGUCCGGCUGAGCGGGUCAGUCGUUUCAAUAUAUCGUAAGCCUGCGGGCGGGCCGCUGUUGUUCGUGAGCGAGCCAUGCGCGCCUGCCGGACAGUGUCGUGAAAACACCGCGCGCUUGCUCGGGCACAAAUGAUGGUUGUGUCCAGCCCGGCCACAGCCAGUCCAGCCGCGGCAAUCCCUCCGCCGUGCGGGGACCGCUCUGUGGUGCCCGAGCAGGGAGUUUCAGUGGUGGACUGUGUCUUGGACGGACCAGGUGAUGACGCCAGUGUGUGGAGCGACUCCUGCAGCAGCAGCAGCUCGCUCGAGGCCAAAGACUUGGAGCCAAGCCCCGGCGUGCCGGAGUCGAACGUGGUUAUCGAUGGCGGCAUUGCGAUUGAGAAGUCGAGCCAGGUGCACAUCGGGAACAGCACGCACUUCCACGGCCACGUCUCCAUCAUAAGGAACUGUGCCAAGUGCGAGGCGAACGGACAAGCUGUCCAGCUCCACGACGCCGUGUUCCUGCCCAGCACGGACGAGGAUGUUCCAGGACACCAUGACGGAGCCCGCGUGGAGGUCAAGACGAAGAAGAAAACUCAAAACGACGUUUCAGAGCCAAAAGGACUAGCUGCAGUAUUCGUACCGACUGGCAGGAGUCCCUCGUUAAACAUGUCCCUGGCCGUUGCUUCCACCAUCGCCGCCACCGUGGUCGUCACACUGCUGUGCUUGUGGCCUGCCAAGCACGACGACGCAACGGAAUUAAUGACUGCAGCUCUAGGCGCGGAGGACAGCUACACCAACGCCACGCUCCUCCCUGGCGAAGAAUGCGGCCGGCAAAUGGGAAUGAUGAUGUACGGAGGGGAUGAGGCGGCCCUGACGGACUUUCGCUGGGUCGCGCUGCUCAUGCAUCGGAACAGUAAAGGCAAGGUUUACGCACACUGUGGCGGUGCACUCAUCAGUAAGCGCUACGUACUUACUGCAGCUCACUGCGUCCAGGACACUUCCGUUGAGUUCGUACGCUUGGGCGAGCAUGACUUGAAUCAGAACCCGGACUGCGAUGAUCUCAAGUUUUGCUCCGAUGAUGUAUUAAACAUAACCGUGGAGGAGAUCAUUCCAUAUCCGGGGUACAGAAAGGAGAAUGCUAACCCCUACCAUGACAUCGCUUUGAUCAGGCUUUCCAGAGAGGUGGAAGUCAUCGAUAAUCCUUGGCUUAGAGCUAUAUGCCUGCCCGCACCCAGCGAUGCAACUGACAGGUCCUACGUCGGCGAACGUCUCUGGGUGGCAGGCUGGGGCAGAACUGGACCAACUCGGAAUGAGUACCUGAGCACUAGGAAGAGGAAGGCACGUGUGUUUGAGGUGUCAGAUUCCGCCUGCAAUAUCAAGACGCACAUCAACGCCACCAUCCAGGUGUGCACCAACACCGGCAAGGGCGCCAGUCCGUGCAGGGGCGAUGACGGCUCGCCCCUCAUGCUGCACGACGACACGCAGCCGGGCGGUCCGCAGUUCGUCGUCGCAGGGAUCCUGAGCAUCGCGGCCGACAGUUGUGGCCGUCCCAACCAGCACGCCGUGUAUGUGCGAGUGGCGGCAUACUUGCCGUGGAUUCUGCGAAACAUCAGGAACUGAAAAGAAAAUGCGUACUGACAUUUUUCAGCAAUACCGAAGUCGACAGCACCGGGAAUUGUAGGCUUGACCAGGCCGGUUUGGCUGACUCCCCUUUAAGACUGAGAUGGUUAUUCUGACAACACUCCGCAGUCCUCUGCAUUGACAGCGCCUUAAAGUCAUGAGUCACCGGGCGUGUUUGACCUGUGUAGAAAGAUUGCACAUCCAUGUUAGGACCUUGAAUCAGCAGACGCUGCUGGUAUAAGAGCUACACCACCUAAAUUAAGAAAUUCCAUUUGAGCUUUUUUUUUUAAAAAAAAAAUAAGCACUACAUGGCUCGUUGACACACGGCUAACAUUUUCCUGCAAUCCAUACGUGGUACAAGUUUUGCUUACCUGAAAGGUACGCCAAAAGUCGCACUUCACCCCUGUACUCUGACUCAGGUUAUCUGAAUCGUCAUUUAAUGAAAAUUUCAAGGCAAAUUUUUCUUACAACAGUGGCAUUAAAACAAUAGAUGGUAUUGUUGUCACGCCCAUGCCAUCAGUACAGGAGCCUCGAUUAAAAUGUCACCAAUUUGAGAUGAGAUUGUCAUCAUUUGAAAGUGAUGAAAACAUCAUCCACGUUUUUGUCUUAAAGGGUCAACAAAUUUUCUCAGUGUAGGAAGCAACUUCUGUAAACCCUUCCGGUUCCGGUAAACCCUUCCCUCAAUCCGUCUCUGGAUUCGCGCCUAUGUGGUAUGUACAAACGUCACCAUUGGUGAUUGAUAGAGAACAAAGCCUAGCGGCCCAAUUGCCGUACUACAGCUGUGAACAUGACGGAACAUUACAAAACGGGUUUUCUCAAACCUCAAAGUUCUGACGACUAACUUUUUUGAACUUAAAUUUGUCUUCACAUUGCACACCGGUGUGGUAAAACAAGGUCAAAGCAGUGUGAAUGCCUAAAAUUAGUUUGAAUGGUACUGUUUUAUACCUUGGACAUGAAAAGGAUUGUAAAAUUGUUAUUCAGUGGUCCAAAUUGUGCUUGAAUUUAUUAGACCUUGGACAAGAGCUAACCAGAAAAACUACAACAACAAUUUAACAUGAAAUUUUGUUGUGGUUUCCUCUGUCUUGUUUUAAAAAAAUAAACGUUAAAGG